CCACACAAGCAAGAUCUUUAGUGGAGAGACAAGGAGCACCUUCAAAACUUGGGUGAUUGCGGGACGCAAGGAAGUACUAUAGCAAAGACAGAUCCCUCGGAUACCUUCCAUCGACAGCGGAAAAUUCCAGGGAGGAUCAAGUCACCUGCAGCCUCCAUCAUGGGCAUCCACACAGAGAUUCCUUUCCUGCUGCUGCUGCUUCCAUUACUACCGUGCCUCCAUGCAGCUCCAAACCGACUCACGGAGUGCACGCCGCCCUUCACCGCUGUGGGCGGUAAGUGCAUUCAUGUCAGCUCCACAAGCCCGGGUACCUGGUAUCUUAUGAAGGACUUUUGUGAGACUCUUGGCGGCCAGCUGUUGAUCAUCAAUACGGAGGACUUUCACUACUACGUCGUCAAGUAUUUGGAGUACAACGGGUAUGCUGGCCGCAGAUACUGGGUAGGUGCAAACAACGAGCACGCUGACGGGCAGUACCACUGGUUGGACGGGAGCAAGGUCAAGAUGGGCACGCCUUUUUGGGGCACUAUAAACGGCAAGCAGGAACCAGGUGGAUCGCCGUCUGACCACUGUGCUAUCCUCUUCGAAAAGGGCUUCUAUUUCAUGCAUGAUUUAUCAUGUAACGAAACAAAUGUGUAUCCUAUCUGUGAGACAAGGAGGGGCGCCUGUGCUGUGUCUGGCGAGUUAGUGUGCGGGACGCAGUCACGACAGAGCCUUUCAAGACCCACGCAGAGCCACAACAGAGCCUUUCACAGCCUCCAGCCAACAUCAGGGAGUUUUAGGCAGACAAAACGAGUUGUGACAUUCAAUAUGGGCAUGAACUCAGCGCGUCCCCUCGGCCUUCUACUACUGCUGCUGCUCUUCAUGCUACCAUGCCUUCCUGCAACUCCGAUCACUGACCGCCUCACGGAAUGCACGCCGCCCUUCACCGCUGUGGGCGGGAAGUGCCUUCACGUCAGCUCCACAAGCACGGGUUCAUGGUAUCUUAUGAAAGACUUUUGUGAGACUCUUGGCGGCCAGCUGUUGAUCAUCAACACAGAGAACAUUCAUUAUUACGUCGUCAAGUACUUGGAGAACAACGGAUAUACUGGCCGCGACUACUGGAUCGGCGCAAACAACGAGCACGCUGACGGGCAGUACCAUUGGGUGGACGGGAGCAAGGUGAAGAUGGGCACGCCUUUCUGGGGAACUAUAAACAGCAAGCAGGAACCCGGCGGGACUACCGAGCACUGUGGCAUGUUAUUUAGGAAUGAUUUCUAUUUCAUGCAUGAUUAUAGAUGUAACGAAGCCCUGUAUCCUAUCUGCGAGGCUAGAUAAGCCCAAUGAGGACACUGUAUCCAGCAAUGGCUGCAGGAGUGUGAUGGGGAGGUAAAAGGAACUUGAGUUGGUGGGUGUUGAUAUUUAACCAUCUCUAACUCUUAUAACAAUGUCUGGCCAAUUAAAUACCAUGUACCCUGUCUAAAA